CAGUAAUGUUCAUUUACUAUUAUACUGUUCAUUCGCAGUUAGAAGAUAAAUACUAACAAGAUGAAAAUCGCGUGGGUUCUUUUACUAUCUUUAGUACUCGUCUUCCUCUUAGAGGAUUGCGAAGCAUGGAGGGUUAGAGUAAGAGGGCGGAGAUUUAUAAGAAAGGUUGUACCCAGAAUUCGAGGUAGGCGCCUUAUACGGAAAAUUGGUCAUGUAAUCAAGGGCACUAUCAAAACCCUUACGAAAGUGGCUAUAAUUACCAACCCUGCUCUGUUCAUAGCUAAACAAGUAUACGAUAAGUACAAAGCAAAGAAAAUGCAAGCAGAAUUAGCAGGAGAAGAAACAUGUGUAGCUGAUGACAUAUGCGGUGGAUCAUGUGUCAAUAAACGAUGUAUGUGGUACUGUGACAACAUAUGUAAUGUAUUUCCCAGUGAAAAUGAGUUUAAUUGGAGAGGAGAAUUGGUUUAUUUACCAUGCAAAUAUUCAGAAUACGACUAUGCAGGCAGUGGACACUUUACUCCUGCAGAUCUUGCAUAUCAUAUACAAGAGCGUGGACGUGAACCUGACAACAUGAUGGUUUUCAAGCGUUUAGAUCAAAAUGGUGAUGGUAGAGUCACUGCCAGUGAGUUUAGCAACACCAAGAAAUAUCUCCUAACUGACCAAGACACCUGUUGAACAUUCAUGAUGAAAGGAUAAGAAACAACACAAGAUACCUCUACAAAAACACAUCAAAAGUAGCCAGCAUAGAAAAAAUUCGUUAUGUAUUAUAAAUAAAUAUUGCAAGACUAA